CCAUCAAACCCUCCUGGUAGUUAUUUGAGCAGCCGCGGCGGCCCGAGGAGGCGGCGGAGUGCGGCGGCGGGAGCGGCGGGAGCAGCGCAGGAGGCAGCGGAGAUCCCGCGGGCGGCUGGCUGGGACGGCGUGGGCGACCCGGAUUGCGGGCGUCCGGAGCCCCGUUUCAGCCCGAGGGGAGGAGGCCAGUUGAGGGCAGUUCUCCAUGAAUGUACGUCACCAUGAUGAUGACCGACCAGAUUCCCCUGGAGCUGCCACCCCUGCUCAAUGGGGAGGUGGCCAUGAUGCCCCACUUGGUGAAUGGAGACGCAGCUCAGCAGGUUAUUCUUGUUCAAGUUAACCCAGGUGAGACCUUUACCAUAAGAGCUGAGGAUGGGACACUGCAGUGCAUCCAAGGACCUGCUGAAGUUCCCAUGAUGUCACCCAAUGGGUCCAUUCCUCCCAUCCACGUGCCUCCAGGUUAUAUCUCACAGGUGAUUGAAGACAGUACCGGAGUCCGCCGGGUGGUGGUCACACCCCAGUCUCCUGAGUGUUACCCACCGAGCUAUCCCUCAGCCAUGUCUCCAACUCACCACCUGCCCCCUUACCUGACUCACCACCCGCACUUCAUUCAGAACUCGCACACAGCUUACUAUCCACCUGUCACCGUGCCUGGAGAUAUGCCACCACAGUUCUUCCCUCAGCAUCACCUGCCCCCCACAAUUUAUAGUGAGCAAGAAAUUAUCCCACUGUACGGAAUGUCGAGCUACAUCACGCGAGAGGACCAGCAUAACAAACCGCCACACAAAAAGCUGAAGGACCGCCAGCUUGACCGCCAGAGCCGCCUCAACAGCCCGCCUUCUGCCUUCUACAAGAGCAGCUGUGCGGCAGUGUACAACGGCUAUGGAAAAGGUCACAGUGCUGGAAGCAGUGGAGGAGGGGGAGGUGGCAGCGGCGGCGGGCCCGGGAUCAAGAAGACCGAGCGAAGAGCAAGAAGCAGCCCAAAGUCCAGUGAUUCGGACUUGCAAGAGUAUGAGUUGGAAGUAAAGCGGGUGCAAGACAUUCUUUCGGGAAUAGAGAAACCACAGGUAUCUAAUAUCCAGGCGAGAGCAGUUGUGCUGUCGUGGGCACCCCCUGUUGGACUGUCCUGUGGCCCCCAUGGCGGUCUCUCCUUCCCUUACAGCUACGAGGUCGCUUUAUCCGACAAGGGGCGUGACGGGAAGUACAAGACCAUUUACAGUGGAGAAGAGUUGGAGUGUAACCUGAAAGAUCUCAGGCCUGCCACUGACUACCACGUGAGGGUGUACGCCAUGUACAAUUCCGUCAAGGGCUCCUGCUCCGAGCCAGUUAGCUUCACCACCCACAGCUGCGCACCCGAGUGCCCCUUCCCUCCCAAGCUGGCACACAGGAGCAAAAGUUCGCUAACCUUACAGUGGAAGGCUCCAGUUGACAAUGGUUCAAAAAUCACCGGCUACCUUUUAGAAUGGGAUGAGGGAAAGAGAAACAGCGGUUUCAGACAAUGCUUCUUUGGGAGCCAGAAGCACUGCAAGUUGACAAAGCUCUGUCCGGCCAUGGGCUACACGUUUAGGCUUGCUGCUCGCAAUGACAUUGGCACCAGUGGUUACAGCCAGGAGGUCGUGUGCUAUACUCUGGGAAAUAUCCCACAGAUGCCGUCGGCACCCAGGCUUGUCCGAGCUGGUGUCACUUGGGUCACACUGCAGUGGAACAGGCCAGAAGGCUGCUCGCCUGAGGAAGUGAUCACCUACACCCUGGACAUUCAGGAGGAUGAAAACGAUAACCAUUUCUACCCAAAAUACACUGGAGAGGACUUAGCCUGCACUGUGAAGAAUCUGAAAAGAAGCACACAGUAUAAGUUCAGGCUGACUGCUUCUAAUAUGGAAGGGAAGAGCUGCCCAAGUGAAGUGCUAGUUUGUACAACCAGUCCUGACAGACCUGGGCCUCCGACCAGACCCCUCAUUAAAGGACCAGUUACAUCUCACGGCUUCAGUGUCAAGUGGGAUGCUCCACGGGACAACGGUGGCUCAGAAAUCCUGAAGUACCUGCUGGAGAUCACAGAAGGAACUUCUGAAGCCAGUCAGUGGGAAGUGGCCUACAGUGGAUCAGCUACGGAGUAUGUCUUUACCCACUUGAAACCAGGCACUUUGUACAAACUGCGUGCGUGCUGCAUCAGUACCGGUGGGCACAGUCAGUGUUCUGAAAGUCUCCCUGUUCGCACACUAAGCCUUGCGCCAGGUCAGUGCCGACCACCGAGGGUUUUGGGUAGACCAAAGCACAAAGAAGUCCACUUAGAGUGGGAUGUCCCUGCCUCUGAAAGUGGCUGUGAGGUCUCAGAGUACAGUGUGGAGAUGACAGAACCGGAGGACGUAGCUUCUGAGGUGUACCAUGGGCCCGGGCUGGAGUGCACUGUCGGCAACCUGCUUCCUGGAACUGUGUAUCGCUUCAGAGUGCGGGCUCUGAAUGACGGAGGGUACGGUCCAUACUCCGAUGUGUCAGAAAUCACCACUGCCGCAGGGCCUCCUGGACAGUGCAGAGCACCAUGUGUUUCCUUCACGCCUGACGGAUGUGUCUUGGUGGGUUGGGAGAGCCCUGAAAGCCCCGGUGCCGACAUCUCCGAGUACAGGUUGGAGUGGGGAGAAGAUGAAGAAUCCUUAGACCUUAUUUAUCAUGGUCCAGACACCUGCUUUGAGAUACGAGAUCUGUUGCCUGCUGCCCAGUACUGCUGCAGACUACAGGCCUUUAAUCCAGCAGGUGCAGGACCAUAUAGUGAGCUUGUCCAUUGCCAGACACCAGCCUCUGCCCCCGACCCUGUCUCCACUCUGUGUGUUUUGGACGAGGAGCCCCUCGGAGCCCACUCGGACUCACCGUCUGUGUGCCUUGUACUGAACUGGGAAGAGCCGUGCAAUAAUGGGUCUGAAAUCAUUGCUUACAACAUCGACCUCGGAGACACUAGCGUGACUGUGGGCAAUACUACAACUCAUGUGAUGAAGGACCUCCUUCCAGAAACGACAUACCGGAUCAGAAUCCAGGCUGUCAAUGACAUUGGAGUCGGACCAUUUAGUCAGUUCAUUAAAGUAAAAACUCGGCCGCUGCCGCCCUUGCCUCCCAGGCUGGAGUGUGCGGCAUCUGGUCCUCAGAGCCUGAAGUUGAAGUGGGGAGAUGGGAACUCCAAGACGCACACGGCCGAUGACAUCGUGUACACGCUGCAGUGGGAGGACAGGAACAAGAGGUUCAUUUCAAUCUACAGAGGACCCAGCCACACCUACAAGGUCCAGAGACUGACCGAGUUCACUUGCUACUCCUUCAGAAUCCAGGCGGCGAGUGAGGCAGGGGAGGGGCCUUUCUCAGAGACUUACACCUUCAGCACAACCAAAAGUGUCCCUCCCCCCCUCAAAGCACCUCGAGUAACACAGUUAGAAGGAAAUGCGUGUGAAAUCUUGUGGGACACAGUACCACCGAUGAAAGGCGACCCUGUGAACUACAUUCUGCAGGUCUUGGUCGGAAGAGAAUCUGAGUACAAGCAGGUGUACAAGGGAGAAGAAGCCACCUUCCAAAUCUCAGGCCUCCAGAGCAACACAGACUACAGGUUCCGCGUGUGUGCGUGUCGCCGUUGUGCGGACACCUCUCAGGAGCUCAGUGGAGCGUUCAGCCCCUCAGUGGCUUUUGUGCUACAGCAACGUGAGGUCAUGCUGACAGGGGACAUGGGGAGCAUGGACGAUGCCAAAAUGAAGGGCAUGAUGCCCACGGAUGAGCAGUUCGCCGCCCUCAUCGUGCUCGGCUUCGCCACCUUGUCCGUUUUAUUUGCCUUUAUAUUACAAUACUUCUUAAUGAAGUAAAUCCAGCAGGCUAAAGGGAGGAGUGGAAUGCUACGCAUUUUAAUACACAUUUAUUCAGAUCCUUCCCUUUUUAAGCAGUUUUGUUCUUUGAUUUAUAUACUUCUCUUGUAUUACAGAUUCAGCGAGGGGAAACAGUGCUUGGCUGCACCUAUUUGAGAUGCAAAACUAGGAAGAGGUUAAACUGGAUUUUU